AACCGUAAUUGACCACACAUUAAGUUCACAGCUUAUUGAAUUCAUCACUUGCAUAAACCACUUCUGAAUUAUAGGAAGUGCGGAGAUUGCCAAAAUGUUGCUUAACGAGGAAGUCGGUAAUUUCAUCGCUAAAGAAAUGCCAUGGAUAAGUUGUCUCCCGAUGGUGACCACGCUGAUUAACGGUCGCCAUGUCAUUAUCGACUACAUGACAGAACAGCAGCUUACAGAAACCUACUGUAUGAUACAAGAGGCCGCCCAACAUGGGGACGGAUAUGGCAUCGACGAAUUCGAUUCUGAAAAAGACUUCCGCCGCGACAUAGAGGGAAGUGACUGUUUUGCAGUGACAUGCAAAGAAAAUGGUGAACUAUUAGCUGGUUUCAUAUUGGCCGUGAGUAAGUUCUAUCGGGGAGUAAGUGCAGUGGUCGAUCCGUUUAUUAUGGUGAAGCGUUCUGAAAGGAAACAGAAACUAGGUGAAUUUUGUAUGAGAAAGGCUAUUGACUUUUCUAAGAACCUUGGAUAUAUCGGGAUGUAUGUGGAUACAUUUUCCAACAACGUAGCCGUGCAGAAAAUUAUUGAGAAGAUCGGAGAUUUUCAGAAAGUGGGAUUCCUUCCUUUGGGUGGCAAACUUUACAAUGGACAGUUAGUAGGUUCAGUUAUAUACUACCGGAAUCUACAAACGAAUUCAACAAACGAUACGUGAAUCCCUUUUCUUAUAUUCUUCAUACGAUCUGAUGUCCAAUUAGGUCAGUAGGUGGAAGAGCCUUUUGUGACCAGUGACCAGUUUUUGCCCGCUUUUGUAACAGAAUUGCAAGACGGACAUUUAGAGUUGGUCCCCACUCCAGUGGUGCUCCAGUACAGGACAAUAUUGUGCCUUAUAUUCCACUGAAAACUACUCACAUUCCGACUGUCUACAACGACCACAUAUACUGAAUAAUUACAUAUCGUGAUAUGUAUGCUGUGAUAAAGACAUUUACCUACAACAUUAUCUGUAGUUGUGUAUGAUUUAUAUGUAUUUUACAUCAAUAUCAUUAAAAGUCAUAGUAUAGAA